AUGGUUCACAGCCCAGCCAGGCUGGAGGGUGGCCAGACCCGAGGGCACUGCCACGCCAGGACAGAGCAGACCAGCCAAACCUGCUGGAAGUCAGCAUCCAUAAUGCAGGGGCUCUGCUGGCAUGGGGCAGCGAAGAGGAGCCUGGGAUUUCUGUGUCUCUUUCUGGUUUUCAGCACAGCUUCGUGUCUAAGAAAAGAAAAUAAGAAAGAGAAGCAAUUGGCAGUGCUGGCUACUGCAGAGCUGCCUGCAAAGUCCCUGGACCUGGCUGGCAUUAACCUGACAGAGCUGGUGAACGGGAUGCUGAGCACUGCGCUCAGAGGUACCAAGAAACUCUUCUCUUUGCUGAGCAUCACCUCUUACAGCUCAUUUGCCUUCCACAAAGUGUCAGUCACCAUUUACAACAUCUCUAAUGUAAAAAAUAUUGACCCUGGCAAGUUCCCUAUGCACUACUGCUACUGUUUGAAUAAUGUGACAAAUGACUUGACAGAUUUUACAGCUCUACUUGUUGAUAUAAUUGGAAACUCCACCAGUUAUCUCACAGAAAUUUUCAAAUCCACUUCUAUUCUCUCAGUGCGUCAGAGCAAUGACUCUGAUUGUAUCUACAUCUGCGUUAUGGCAGGGCAGACAGGGAAAAAUCUGUCUGAUUUUUUGGAAAUACUAGAUAAGUCUCCUGUUAUUAAUUACACAUUUUCCAGUAACACAUCAUCCAACCUGGAUUCGAUUUUCUCAAGUUUUGUGAAGUUGCAGGAAGACCCAAACAAGACAGUGGAUUCAUCAGCAGAAUAUGUGUGGACAUAUAAAUCUACCAGGAUCCCUCUCGCCCAGAAAGGAGGGGGAAUCCCCACCACGAAGUCCCCGCUGUGGCCAAAGACAAUUGGAGCCAAAGGGUCGUGGCUUCCCUCUCCCCACGUGGAUGCUCCCAGGCCCCAAGGAAUGGCCAGGCCCCCUCUGAGCCCCGGGGGGAGCUUGGCCCCAUGGCCAGCCCUGCAGCCCAGCCCCGCUGGCACGUCCAUGUUUUGGAUGCAGACAGUGUCUCCACAAGAAGCCAGCAAACUGAUGCAAACAGAGCCAGAUUUGCCUUCCACAGUACUGUCUCUGCCACCCUCCUACCGACCUGGUGUGACACUGAAACUUUACUCAGCUACCAGGUGUCCCCAGGCCAUGCUCAGAGAGCCCCGUGUGACCUCGCCUCCUGUCACCCUCAUAGUGCAGAAGAUCAACCCCUGUGUGAUGGAGCUCUGUAGGUUCUUUCAGCUGUGCCUCUGUGUUGGUCAGAGAAGAUAUUCCAGAAAGGAAGCCAUGAGAUACUGUGUUGAAUACUAUUCCUGGUUUGUGAAAAAUGCAAGUUAUGUCUGCGAAAGAGUCAAAAGAGUUGCUUACUCCCACAACUUCUCACUUCUCCAUGCUGCAGUUCAGAGACAGUUUGUCUCUGUUGAUGGACUCCUUGAAGGGUAG